AUGUCUUCUGCAAACUCGGAGAGACGUCGUCAUCUCAAACGGAAAUCCAGUAACAAUCUCGAUCGUCAAUACUUACUACAUCAACCGGAUGUUUUAGAGCUAGACUAUGGCUCACCGGCUCGGAGUAGAAAGUGUCCCAAUCUAUCUCAGGGACGCGAUACAGAAAAGGAGGAAACGAUAGACGAUAUUGACGAAGCAAUGCGGAGACGUCGUGUCGCUAACGAAGAAACCGACGAGAUUGUUGAAUCGUUGAAAAAAAAGGUGGAAACUUCCAAAGAGAAGAUCUCUUCCUUAGAAGCCAAGGUCAAAGAUCAAGCAGCUGAAAUUCGGAAGUUGAAAGAAAAAACACAAGAAGUGAUAGACGAUAAAGAGCGGCUUCUAUUAGAAAGCAGCAAACAAAAGACCGAAACCGAUGCUCUGACUGCUGCGAGGCAAGAUCUUGAAAGAGAUCUGGACGAAGCAAAUCAUAACUUAAGCUCCGCGGUCGAAAAUGGCAAGAGUCUACAACGAAAACUCACUGCUGGAAUCGCCAGAAUUCAGGAACUGCAAGAAGAAAAUCACGCACUGGUGUUGGAGUUGGAGAAGAAGGAAAAGUUGCUAGAUACACUUCGUAGAUCGUUCAGAGCGAUUAGAGCGUUUGUGAAUGAUGAGCCGCUCGAUAGCUAG